AUGGAAUGCAUCAUGAGAUUCCCCACAGCUAUUCUCUUCUCGGGAAUAUGCAUCUUCGCCUACUAUACCAUGGCAGAUCCUCAAUCUCUUGCCGAUACCCAGAAGUUUUUCCAACUGUCGAGACAAUUAGUCAACGAGUUCGUAAAAUUCGCCAGUCUUUUUAUGACCCACCUUCUAGAAAUAGCUGGUCCUCUUAUACUUCAUUUUCCCAAGGAGAACGAAAGACCCACCACGAAUACCUCUGUUACCCAUUUCCUGGUGCACUGGGCAUUCGUGCUUAUGUUCAUGCUUGAGGCGUGUGUUCUGAUGCUUUAUCCAGAUGUCAAAGAGGUCGACGUCCACCGUUUGUCUUGUUUUAUACAAGGUGUAUGGAUUCAUGUCUGGAUCGGGUUCUAUGCAUUGUAUUGGAGAUCCUGCUCCAAAAACCGUGAAAUCACUGCACCCAACCUCGAUAGAGCGGCACUUGUUGCAUCCAAUUCUAACCAGAAGUAA